UGUGUUUUCGCAGUCAUUGCGCCAGUUCCUUGUUUUUAUACUCUACGGAAGUUAUGGUGUGAAGGGUGUCACAUGAAAUCACAACAGGCGAUGUGUCAACAGCACGAGGAGAGUCAGUGUGUCCAAAGGAACGACUGAAUUCAGCAUGAAGCUCCAGAUAUUUGCGUUGUUGACUUGUUUUUGCGUAUCGACAGCUGAUUUCUCUCCUCCGGUGGUGAAUAUUAGUCUGGACGUGCCUGCAGAUCAGAGAUGGGCUCCUCUGAAAAAUCUCUUUGACAUGAAUGUCUUGCAAGAAGCAGCAUCUGAAGUGAUCGACAAGACUGUUCCUAAAUGGGUUCACAAUGCCAUUAAACCUGUAGUGAGAGCACUGGAGAAAUACAUCCCACAGCCGUAUGCUGGAGAAAUACAGGGCUUGGCUUCGAUCUAUGGAAGUGACAUCUCGGAUAUUGUACUUUUAAACUUUGCCUAUGAAGUGUCUGCGUUCUGCACCAGUAUCGUCACUCAGGACAUUAAGGGAAACAUCUACCAUGGCAGAAACAUGGAUUAUCCCUUCGAUGUGCUGAGAAAUUUUACACUUGAUAUACAUUUUAUUAAAAACGGAAAGGUGGCUUACAGGGGAACCACGUUUGCUGGUUAUGUUGGACUGUGGACAGGACAGAGCCGUAACAAGUUUACAGUUACUGCCAAUGAACGCAAUAAGGGACAUUGGUGGGAGAAUGUAAUUUCAGCCGUUUUUUUAAAACGUUCUCCUGUUAGCUGGCUCGUGCGAAGGACUCUUGAGGAAGCUUCGGAUUUUAGGGAUGCUGUAAUAAGACUGGCCAAGGUGCCGAUCAUAGCAGAUGUGUAUUACAUUGUGGGCGGAGUUCGUCCUGGCGAGGGUGUGGUCAUCACCAGAGACAGGAGCAGAUCAGCAGAUAUCUGGCCUCUGGAUCCACUCAAUGGAAACUGGUACCGAGUUGAAACAAAUUAUGACCACUGGCUGCCCCCCCCUAAAAGAGACCAUCGACGAGACGUGGCCAUGAAAGCAUUGAACGCCACCGGUCAAAACCACAUUAGUCUGAAUACUCUGUUUCAGGUUUUGUCUGUGACUCCUGUACGCAACAGGGUCACCAUUUUUACAACAGUCAUGAGUGCGGCUAUACCUGAUAAUUAUACAACAUUCGUAAGAGAUGUCAUGGUUCUCCAUAACUAACCAACGGAACGACGACUGGUCUGGUUUUUUAUGUCAUCAGCUAUUUCUGUGUUUCAGAUUUUAUUUUAUUUUAAAGCAAUGCUAAUAUGUCAUGUUUUUUUCUACUUCUUUUUAACAGAUGUGUGGAAGCGAAAGUAAUAUGUAAAUCUCAUCUAGAAUUAUUUUCCAACGUGCUUCUAAACUUAACCAGUAUAUUUGGUUUCUCUUCAGUUUUUUUGACAAAGGAAACCAGUGUUGUUUUAAUAUCUAGUGUUUUUUAAGAUCAUAGUGUUAUUGAUCAUCACAUUUGUUGCCCGCAAAACCCAACGGCAAUUUAGAAUAUUUUUUUAUUGUUUUGUUAUUGUUUAAAAGAAUAAUUUAGAAUUCGUUUUAAUGGCUGUAUGUGUUCAUCUUAAACCUGAAGCCAAUAAAAAUGUUUUUCAGGUCACUCUA